AUGACGAAGACGAAACAAGCCCCUAAAUUUGUUCUUAUUGCAUUGAUCAGUCAAUUUCUCUCGAACCACGGAUUUAAAUCGACAUUGAGGAUUUUCGCCAAUGAAAGACAAAAGCGACCAGUACGCAGUGGCGGAAAGACGUUGACAGACACAUAUGGAGAGAAGCUCACCCAGGGUGUUCCUCAGCUCGAUACUAUAUUCAGGAACUAUUUGAAAUCCCAUCCUACGGGGAGCACAAAUGCAGACGCCGAUGGUGAAAGUGGUAGCUCUACGGACGCAGAUUCCGACACUGACUCCGACGUAGAAAUGAACGAUGGUUCCGUGUCCGAGUCUUCUUCUUCGUCUGCCGCUUCGAGCUCGAGUUCUUCGAAUUCCGACAGUAGCGACGCAGAAGCCACCAAGCCAGAAGCGAAGACGAACGCUCAAGUCAAGGUCGCCUCGCUCAAGCGCAAAGCCAGUUCCUCCCCUUCUCAGUCUUCAAGCUCUUCCGAAGCUUCGGACGACAGCGACAGUAGCUCCUCUGAAUCAGAGUCGGAACAGAACACAGAAAAGAGACCCAAGAAAAGAAUAAAGACAGAGCCCGACACAAAGACCAGCAGUUCUUCAGAGUCCUCUUCGUCUUCGUCUUCGGGUUCAGAUUCAGAGUCGGGCUCUGAGUCAGAUUCUGAGUCUGAAUCAUCAGAAGAUGAAGCUGCGACCAAGGUACUGACCGAUGCGAUCGCGGCUCCAUUACCAGACAGCGACUCCUCGGUGUCGUCCUCCGCCGACUCCUCUUCCUCCUCUUCUUCCGCCAGCAGUUCUGAGGACGAAUCUUCUCCCAAAGAUAGCGAUGUGGAUGAUGCGAAACCAUCGGCAACAAAGGAAGAGAAAGCCGAUCAGAGAGCUUCGUCUGAUUCUUCAGCUACCAUUCAAGGCGAUCCUGCGCCGCUUCCUCCCUGGCCUGCAAAUGAUGAGAAGAAGAAGACUGGUGCUAGGCCGACGCGUCUUGCUGAGUUAUCUGCUCAAGCGAAAGACGGUGAAUAUCUAAGCAAUACCUAUGUCAGCUACGAUUACGCCGACCGAGCUUUCAAUGACCUCUCUGUUACCCGCGGCAAAGGAUUCACAAAGGAGAAGAAUAAGAAGAAGCGAGGUAGUUACAGAGGUGGCAUGAUUGACACAAGUGGUGGAAAGGGCUUCAAAUUUGAGGAUUGA